UCAGUUCACGCUGUGCCCUCGCUGAAUUCGGUCGUGUGUGUGCUGCUGUCGUGUUUGUCGAGCGAAAGAGUGGGAGUAUACGAAAUAGACGGCAGUCGAUUUGCGAACCAAUAUCGAGAACUCCAUAAAAACCAAACAGCAAAUACUAGUUAAUUAUACUUGCACCAUGACCGACGCGCUCUACAAUCGUCCUGGUCCCAAUCGCCUGAGGCAGGCGGAUGCCUAUCGCACCACCAACCGUCAAGAUGCCGUCAAGAUUCGGCUGGCCAAGGAUGGAAUCGGUGCCGAGGAGCCCAUCUCAGUGCCCGGCCUGCUGAAGCGCACGGUCAACAAUUAUGGCGACUAUCCCGCACUGCGCACCAAGAACGGCAAGAACGGGUAUCAAACUGUCACCUACAAACAAUAUGAAGAGAAGGUGCACCAGGUGGCCAAGGCCUUCAUCAAGCUUGGUCUGGAGGAGCACCAUUCGGUGGGUGUGUUGGCCUUCAACUGCGCCGAAUGGUUCUACUCGGCCAUGGGUGCCAUCCAUGCUCGUGGCAUCAUUGCAGGAAUCUAUACCACCAACUCAGCCGAUGCAGUACAGCAUGUCUUGGAGAGCUCACAUGCCCAGAUCGUUGUCGUGGAUGAUGCCAAGCAGAUGGAGAAGAUCCAUGCCAUCCGUGAUAAGCUGCCCAAGUUGAAGGCCGCCAUUCAGAUCCAGGAGCCAUAUGCCCCAUACCUCAAGAAGGAGGAUGGCUACUACAGGUGGUCGGAGAUUGAGUCCAUGAACGUGAGCGAUGUGGAGGAUCAAUACAAAACUCGCCUGGAGAACGUGGCCAUCAACGAGUGCUGCUGCCUGGUUUAUACCUCCGGAACAGUGGGUAUGCCCAAGGGCGUGAUGCUCUCCCACGACAACAUCACUUUCGAUGUGCGUGGCAUUGUCAAGGCCAUGGACCGGGUGGUUGUGGGGGCAGAGUCGAUCGUCUCCUACCUGCCACUGUCUCAUGUGGCCGCCCAGACCGUCGACAUUUACACCUGUGCCUUUGUGGCCGGAUGCAUUUGGUUUGCCGACAAGGAUGCAUUGAAGGGAACGCUGGUGAAAUCACUGCAAGAUGCACGACCCACGCGUUUCAUGGGUGUGCCGCGUGUGUACGAAAAGUUCCAGGAACGAAUGGUGGCCGUGGCCAGCUCCAGCGGAAGCCUGAAGAAGAUGCUCGCCAGCUGGGCCAAGGGCAUCACGCUGAAGCACUACAUGGUGAGUCAAGGAAAGAGCUCCGGGGGAUUCCGGUACAAGAUUGCCAAGUCCCUCAUCAUGUCCAAAGUGAAACAGGCUCUGGGCUUCGAUCGAGUCCUGACCCUGGCCAGUGCUGCGGCUCCUAUGUCGCCGGAGACGAAAAAGUACUUCCUCAGUCUGGACCUGAAGAUUGUGGAUGCCUUUGGCAUGUCGGAAACGGCCGGUUGCCAUUCCAUCUGUCUUUCUGAUUCGGUUGGUCUGAACACAAUUGGCAAAACUCUGCCCGGCUGCGAGUCCAAGUUCAUUAACAAGGACGCCAGCGGUCACGGAGAACUGUGCAUCCGUGGACGCCACGUCUUCAUGGGUUAUAUCGACAACAAGGAGAAGACCGAGGAGUCGCUGGACGACGACUGCUGGCUGCACUCCGGUGAUUUGGGCUAUGUUGAUGAUAAGGGAUACAUUUCUCUUACUGGACGUUCUAAGGAGAUUAUCAUCACCGCCGGUGGCGAAAACAUUCCACCCGUGCACAUCGAGAACUCGAUUAAGAAGGAACUGGACGCCAUUUCCAAUGCAUUUUUGGUGGGCGAGCAGCGCAAGUACCUUACUGUGCUGAUUACCAUUAAGACCGAGCUGGACAAGGACACCGGCGAGCCUCUGGACGAGCUGAGUCACGAGUCCUCCGUGUGGGUGAAGUCACUGGGAGUGGAGCACAAGACCCUGUCGGAGAUUCUCGCCGCUGGACCCUGCCCCAAGGUGUUCAAGUCCAUUGAGGAUGCCAUCAAGAGGGCCAAUAAGCAGUCUAUUUCCAAUGCCCAGAAGGUGCAAAAAUUCACUAUUCUGCCCCAUGACUUCUCCAUUCCCACCGGUGAACUCGGACCCACCCUGAAGGUCAAGCGCAACGUUGUGGCCAAGAUGUAUGCCGAUGAGAUCGAAAAACUAUAUGCCUAGAUUUCCUUCGACGGAAUAGAAGAGAGGUAGCCGCGGGAACUUGAGCUUUAAUGUGAAUUUGAAUUUACCGGACUUCAAAGCCAAUUGAGUGCCACUUUUGAUAGGAUUUAGGCGAAUGUUAACUGUUGGAUAUUAUACUUAGGACAACUAUGCCCGUAUGCCUAGUUAGACAUUAGCUUGCCUCCGUGUAGGUCCAGAGAUCUGUUUAAUUAGUACCUAAGAUUUAUUUUCUAUAUGAUAUUUGGUUGUACCAACUGAACAAAUGAACAUUUUUUAUUGUCUGAAGAUUAACAAUAAACUAGAUUAUUAACUGGGAAA